UGAAAAUGGUCGCCUCGCUUUUUCUGGCUAAUGUUUUUUUUCUAAUGAAUUGACUGAAAAUUUCGCAAUUACGGCUUAAAUAUGACUGACAAAGAAAUUACGAUGGAAGAUCUAGAGGAAACGGCGCAGCAAACUGAGGAGCAGCUGGACCUGCUGGCGUGGAAGAUGGACGGGGAGAAGGACCUGGCCGUGCCUGUCAGCAGCCAGGACAUGUGCGUCAUGACACUGCUCAAGUCCGUCUCCGAGGUGCGGUCUGACUACACUGCUCUCCGCCGUGAACUGGUGGAGGUCCAACAACUACAACGAGAGUUGUCGGCUCGGCUGAGGGCUCAGCUGAGACUGGUGCAUGGGAAGUUCGCUAAACUGCGGCAGAGGCUGGCCGUGGCUGACCAGCAUAUGCAGGCACACCAGCGGUAGACAGUACAAAUUAUAAACAACACAGCAUAUAUCCUGUUUCCUAUCUCCACUUCUGUGGCUACAUGGAACUGGUAGAAGUACCACUGGCCGUGCCUACCAGCAUAUGCAGGCUCACCAGCGAUCGACGCCCAAGCUAGUACUAAUAGUUUGGUAGCUGACAAGCUGACAUAGUUUAUUACUUGCGAGACAAACAGGCUGGUACAUGAAACGUUUGCUACAGAAGACACUAACUGUAUGUUGGUCAGUAUAUGUAGGCAUAU